UAAGCAUUUAUUCAUAAAUAUUUUCGGUUUGUGUUGGAGAAGUACCAAAAAUGGGGGGGCACAUUUUUUGGUCCUCCCUAGGGAUACUGCUUCUGGCCACGAGCCAUAUAGAGGCUUGCUGUAGUGAGAAGGGCUUGUGUCUGCUUGAAACACUAAAAGAUUUGAAGGAAUGUAAGAAGCUCGCUUUGGCGUCGUUAUUGAAGCCGAAGAAGAUUUCAGAUGACUGUCUUGAUGCGCCGCCGACCAUCCUGUUGAUGCCGGCGAACGCGCCGCCACCACCAGCCUCCCCGCUUCUCUAUGCAUCGGCCCCACCGCCGUGUUUACCUCCACCUCUUCUAUUACCUCCGCCGCCUCCGCCGUCAAUUGUUUUACCCGCGCCGCCCCCUUGUGCGGCUCUGCCGGCGUUACCACAACCGCCUUUAUACCUGCCGGCGCCGGCUCCUCCACCUCUUCUACUGCCUCCCCCGCCUCCGCCGCUCGUUCUACCCGCGCCCCCAUGUGCGCCUCCGCCAUUAGUUCUCCCGGCGCCGUCUCUUCCACCUCUAUUGCUGCCACCGCCGCCGCCGCCGUGCUUACUCCCACCGCCGGUAGCGCCGCCGCCUCAAGUUGUCUAUGCGGCACCUCCGCCCCCGCCACCGCAGCCGUUGUUGCUGCAGGCACCGCCGCCACCGCCUCCACAACUCCUAAUGGCUCCACCGCCGCCGCCGCCACAGCUCUUGCUGCAAGCUCCUCCUCCGCCUCCGCCGCAGAUAGUGUACCAGAAGCCUGCUGCGCCACCAGCUCCUUUACUACUGCAGGCGCCGCCUCCUCAGUAUGCGCCGGCUCCAUUGGCGCUGCCGCCUCCGGCCUGUCCGCCGCCAAUGUUUCUCCCUGCUCCCGCGCCGCCGCCGAUGUACUUGACAGCUCCUCCGCCGCCGCCGGCGUACUAUCCUGCGCCGGCGCCGCCUUGCAGCUGCGCUGCGCCGCCGCAGCCCAUCCCGGUGAAGAGCUUCAUCGUGCCUCCGCCGAUUCCAUGCUCUCUCGAGCCCAAGCCGCUGCCGCCGUGCAAGUGCAAAUGCAAAUACUUUUAAUACUUUUAUAUAGUUUUAAUCAUAUUUAUUACAAUAAACACAAUUUUCAUAAAUUUACAA